CACGAGUUCAUAUUGAUUGUGGCUUUUGCGUUGUGCUACUGAUAAUAAACAACCUGUUGAUAACGCUGUUCAUAAAACUUUUGCAAAUGUCAUUAGUGACAGAACAACAUAACCUAUAAGUUGUUGAUUUUAUUUUCUUAUAAGAGUUCAUAAUUAUGAAGUUCUGUGCGAAUCUUUCGUUUAUGUUCACUGAAGGGGCUACUAUACUAGAAAGAUAUGCUCUGGCUAAAGAAGCAGGUUUCAAAGCCGUUGAAACCGGCUUUCCCUUUGGUCAUACGGUAGAGCAAGUGAAAAAAGCAAAGGAAUCUGCCGGGAUCGAGCAAGUACUAAUAAAUCUCAAGACAGGUGAUGUAAGCAGAGGAGAAUUAGGUGUUACAGCCAUACCUGGUAAAGAAAAUGAAUUUAAAGAGAAUUUACAAGUUACCAUUGACUAUGCGAAAGCAGUGGGCGCGAAAAAAAUUCACAUAAUGGCGGGAAAGCUGGAAAACGUUACCACCAGUAAUUGGGAAACAUAUGAGAAAAAUUUAAAAUAUGCGGCUGAUGUCUUAAAAAAUGUAAACUUGUUAGGUGUAAUAGAACCCAUCAAUCAGCAUUCGGUACCAAAAUAUUUCUUGAGUGAUUAUGGGAAAGCCGUGGAUAUAAUAAAACGUAUUGGCAGUGAACAUCUCAAACUUCAGUUGGAUAUAUUCCAUCUUCAGCACAUUUGCGGAGAUUUGUCUCACAAUAUUAAAAACCUAAUGCCUUACGUGGGACAUGUUCAGAUUGCUCAGGUGCCAAACCGGAAUGAACCAGAUGUACCAGGAGAAAUAAACUAUCCAUACAUACUGCAACAUUUAGAUGACAAUGGAUACAGUGAUUGGAUUGGGUUGGAAUACAAACCGGCUAAGGGUAGUAAAGAUGGAUUAAAAUGGAUUACAAAUUUCGGUUACAGUCUAUAGUGUUUAAGCAAAAAUUCCUAUAAAAUUAAAUAAUGUAAAAAUCAAAAAGUUUAUACAUUUAAUAUUAAAAGUAUACAUUUAUUGAUU